UCCAUUCUGUAGUGCUGAAGGAGAAAGUAGAAUUUGUUUGCAGAACUAUUUUGCUAGUCUGCAAAAAAAUUCAGUUCAAUUCGGAAGGAAGAAGAAGGUCAUCACUGGAGCAAGAGCUAGAUCCAGUCCCUCUGUUUCAAUCCCCUCGAAGCUAUUCGCCAUGGCGGAUUCAUCGGGGACGACGCUCAUGGAUCUGAUAACAUCGGAUGGUUCGUCGUCGAAGUCUACCCCAGCGUCGUCAGGUACUGCGCCGCCGCCACUUGAUUCGCCGACGAGCACGGCUGCGAGUGCGGCGGCAGCUCCUGUGGCGGCGGAACGGAAGUCGAAGAAGGGUACACUGUUGCAGAUCCAGAGUGAUACUAUCUCUGCUGCGAAGGCUGCUUUCAAUCCGGUUCGAGCCAACAUUAUGCCACAAAAGCAAAAGAAAAGGCCAGUGUCGUAUGCACAACUUGCAAGGAGUAUUCAUGAGUUAGCAGCCACAUCUGAUCAAAAACGUUCACAGAGGCAGUUGGUGCAUCAUGUGUUUCCUAAACUUGCUGUGUACAACUCCGUUGAUCCGUCUUUGGCCCCAUCACUUUUAAUGCUUGACCAGCAAUGUGAGGAUAAAACUGUGUUGCGGUAUGUAUAUUAUUACUUGGCAAGAAUAUUAGCGGACUCCAGUUCACAAGGUGUAAGCCCUGGUGGUGGGAUACCUACACCAAAUUGGGAUGCUUUGGCCGACAUAGAUGCAGUUGGAGGUGUGACAAGAGCUGAUGUUGUUCCUCGAGUAGUAGAGCGGUUAACCUCUGAGGCAUUGAAUGAAGAUCCUGCAUUUCAUGCACGGAGGCUGCAAGCAUUGAAGGCUCUUACUUAUGCUCCUGCUAGCAACGGAGAGCUUUUGUCAAAGCUGUAUGAGAUUGUGUUUGGCAUUCUGGAUAAGGUUGCAGACCCCCAAAAGAAAAAAAAGGGCAUAUUUGGGACGAAGGGGGGUGAUAAAGAGUCUAUCAUUCGGAGCAAUUUGCAAUAUGCAGCCUUAAGUGCUUUGAGAAGACUUCCUCUAGAUCCAGGAAAUCCUGUAUUUCUUCACCGUGCUGUACAAGGUGUUUCGUUCUCUGAUCCAGUUGCAGUAAGGCAUGCACUGGAAAUUUUAUCAGAAUUAUCCACAAAAGAUCCCUAUGCAGUUGCAAUGGCAUUAGGCACACAUGCGCAACCUGGUGGCGCUCUGCAGGAUGUUCUCCACUUGCACGAUGUUCUUGCCAGAGUGGCACUUGCUAAAUUGUGCCAUGCAUUGUCUAGAGCUCGAGCUUUAGAUGAACGUCCUGAUAUCAAGUCUCACUUCAACUCUAUCCUGUAUCAACUUCUUUUGGACCCUAGUGAAAGAGUUUGUUUUGAGGCUAUACUUUGUGUACUGGGCAAAUUUGAUAAUUCAGAGAGGACUGAGGAAAGAGCAGCUGGGUGGUAUCGGUUGAGUAGGGAAAUGCUCAAGAUUCCAGAUGGGCCUUCUGCAAAGGACUCUAGUUUGGAAGAUGGAUCUCAAUCAAAAUCUACAAAAGAUAAAUCUUCGAAGACAAAACGUCCUCAACCACUUAUCAAACUAGUCAUGCGGAGGAUGGAAAGUUCUUUUCGAAGUUUUUCACGGCCAGUAUUGCAUGCAGCUGCAAGGGUUGUACAGGAGAUGGGAAAAAGUCGUGCAGCUGCUUUUGCAUUAGGAUUACAAGAUAUUGAUGAAGGGGUUGAAGUUAAUACGUUUUCCGAAAAUGAUGCAUAUGAUCCAGACAUAAAUCCUACUGCACCAUCUGAAGGUUCUCGUAAAAUUUCUGCGAUAUCAAACGGGAUGGGUCCUAAGGACACAGUUGCAAAUAUGCUAGCUUCACUAAUGGAGGUUGUACGAACAACUGUUGCAUGUGAAUGUGUUUACGUGCGUGCUAUGGUGAUUAAAGCACUCAUAUGGAUGCAAAGUCCAUAUGAAUCUUUUGAUGAACUAAAAUCCAUCAUUGCAUCUGAGCUCUCUGAUCCAUCUUGGCCGGCAACGCUGUUGAAUGAUAUAUUGCUGACGUUGCAUGCUCGCUUCAAGGCUACCCCAGAUAUGGCAGUCACUCUUCUUGAAGUUGCUCGAGUAUUUGCCACUAAAGUUCCUGGGAAAAUUGAUGCUGAUGUGCUCCAACUUCUUUGGAAAACUUGUUUGGUUGGAGCUGGACCAGAAGGAAAACACACAGCUCUUGAAGCUGUUACAAUAGUUCUUGAUUUAUCACCUCCCCAACCUGGCUUAGUCACAGGGCUUACCUCUAUUGAUAAGGUGUCUGCAUCUGAUCCAAAGUCAGCACUUGCUUUGCUGAGAUUAGUUCAAGCAGCAGUUUGGUUCCUUGGAGAAAAUGCAAAUUAUGCUGCUUCUGAAUAUGCUUGGGAGUCAGCAACCCCGCCGGGGACUGCAUUGAUGAUGUUGGAUGCAGACAAAAUGGUUGCUGCUGCAAGCUCUCGUAAUCCUACACUUGCUGGUGCUCUAACUCGACUUCAAAGGUGUGCUUUCAGUGGCAGCUGGGAGAUUCGCAUUGUGGCCAUUCAAGCUCUUACCACUAUUGCAAUUAGAUCUGGCGAGCCUUAUAGGCUGCAGAUCUAUGAAUUUUUGCACACUUUGGCUCAAGGUGGUGUUCAGUCACAGUUUUCUGACAUGCAUACAAGUAAUGGCGAAGACCAGGGAGCAAGUGGCACAGGCCUUGGAUCUUUAAUAAGUCCUAUGUUGAAAGUCCUAGAUGAAAUGUAUAGUGCACAAGAUGAACUCAUAAAGGAGAUGCGCAAUCAUGACAAUGCCAAAAAGGAAUGGACAGAUGACGAACUUAAGAAGCUUUAUGAAACUCAUGAGAGGUUGCUAGACCUUGUCUCUCUGUUUUGCUAUGUUCCUAGAUCAAAGUAUCUGCCUCUGGGACCAACAAGUGCAAAACUGAUUGACAUCUAUCGCACUCGACAUAAUAUAAGUGCAUCAACAGGCCUCAGUGAUCCUGCUGUUGCCACAGGCAUUUCUGAUCUUAUUUAUGAAACAUCCAAGCCAAAGAUUCCUGACUUCAUCUAUGAAGCUACCAAGAAAAAGUCUAAUGAGCCAGAACCACUUGAUGAUGACCUUGUUAAUUUUUGGGCAGCAAACCUUGGUGAUGAUGGUGCGCCUGCCAUGAACAGGGUCAAUGAAUUUCUAGCUGGCGCUGGUACUGAUGCUCCUGAUGUUGAGGAAGAGAAUGUUAUUUCUAGACCUUCAAUGAGUUACGAUGAUAUGUGGGCUAAGACUCUCCUGGAAACUACAGAAAUGGAGGAAUAUGAUGCCAGAUCAUCUGGCUCCUCAUCCCCAGACUCAACUGGAUCUGUCGAGACAUCGAUAUCCUCUCAUUUUGGAGGAAUGAACUAUCCAUCGUUAUUUGGUUCAAAACCUUCUGGAUCCUCUCAGUUCAAGGACAAAUCCAGUGGAAGCCGAUAUAGUGGAUAUGGAUACGAAGCUCCUGCAUCCCCGAUAACCGAAGAACCUCCUCCAUAUUCAUCUCCUGAUCACAGAAGAUUCGAGUCAUUUGAGAAUCCCUUAGCCGAUGAAGGGCGACCUUCUAGUGGUAACCCACAGUUCGGGACAGCACUUUACGACUUCACUGCUGGUGGAGACGACGAGCUUAAUCUUACAGCCGGCGAAGACGUUGAGAUUGAAGAUGAAGUAGAUGGUUGGUACUACGUGAAGAAGAAACGCCCCGGGAGGGAUGGGAAAAUGGCUGGGCUGGUACCGGUGCUGUAUGUCAGCCAGUCGUGAAGUUCAUUUCCGAAUUCUGAUUCAUCGGACCGAGGUAUGGCUGGCUAACACAUACUGUCCUUUUAUUGUUGUUAUAUUUUAAUAUGUAAUCGGGUCGGGAUACUUCAUAUUCGAGUUUUUAGCUAGUUUUGAAGAUGCGGGUGUUUUUGUAGCGAUGAGUUUUUUGGAUGCAUAUAUAUAUAUUAUUAUUAUUAUUAUUGUUUAGUGUAUGUAUAUCAUCUUCUACUACAAAUUGGUUGUUUCUGCUUACUGAUUGAUUGGUUGAUGAUAUGAUUGUAUGCAUAUUUUUCAUUUCAACUAGUGUAUGUCAACUGCUUUCC